AGCCCCGCUGGGCGAGGAGCGACGGUGCGGCCGCGGCAGUGCGGGGUUAACUGUCCGGAGCGAUGGGCGACUGGAGCUUCCUGGGGCGGCUGCUGGAGAAUGCGCAGGAGCACUCCACAGUCAUCGGCAAGGUGUGGCUGACUGUGCUGUUCAUCUUCCGCAUCCUGGUGCUCGGGGCCGCAGCCGAGGAGGUGUGGGGCGACGAGCAGUCGGACUUCACUUGCAACACGCAACAACCCGGGUGCGAGAACGUCUGCUACGACCGCGCUUUCCCCAUCUCGCACAUCCGCUUCUGGGCGCUGCAGAUCAUCUUCGUGUCCACGCCCACCCUCAUCUACCUGGGCCACGUGCUGCACAUCGUGCGCAUGGAGGAGAAGAAGAGAGAGCGGGAGGAAGAGAUGCUGAGGAGAGACAACCCCCAGCACGGCCGUAGCCGCGAGCCGAUGCGUACAGUGAGUCCACGGGACCCGCCACUGCGAGAUGACCGUGGCAAGGUGCGCAUUGCGGGUGCGCUGCUGCGGACCUAUGUCUUCAACAUCAUCUUCAAGACGCUCUUUGAAGUGGGCUUCAUCGCGGGCCAGUACUUUCUCUAUGGCUUCCAGCUGCAGCCACUUUACCGCUGUGACCGCUGGCCCUGCCCCAACACGGUAGACUGCUUCAUCUCUAGGCCCACAGAGAAGACCAUCUUCGUCAUCUUCAUGCUGGCUGUGGCCUGUGCGUCACUGGUGCUCAACAUGCUGGAGAUUUACCACCUGGGCUGGAAGAAGCUCAAGCAGGGGGUUACCAACCACUUUAGCCCCGAUGCCUCAGAAGCCAGACACAAGCCCUUGGACCCCCUACCUCACACCUCCAGCUCUGGCCCUCCCAGCACUUCCAUUGGGUUUCCACCUUUCUACACACACCCUGCCUGUCCCCCGGUGCAGGCCAGGGCCACGGGGUUUCCUGAGGCCCCACCACCACCAGCAGCAGACUUCACAGUGGUAACCCUGAACGAUGCACAAGGCAGAGGCCACCCUGUCAAGCACUGCAAUGGCCUCCAUCUAAUCACAGAGCAGAACUGGGCCAACAGAGUAGCGGAGCAGCAGACUUCCGCUAGCAAGGCCUCUUCGGUAGCAUCCAGCCCCGAGGGUCAUAAGGCAAUCACGGACAGCAGUGGCAGCAGCCUGGAAGAGAGUGCCUUGGUGGUGACGCCAGAGGAGGGAGAGCAAGCCUUGGCCACCACAGUGGAGAUGCACUCUCCGCCCUUGGUCCUCCUGGAUCCAGGAAGGUCCAGCAAGGCCAGCAGUGGGCGGGCCAGACCUGGUGACUUGGCCAUCUAGCCAUAGUUUCCCCAGACAGCUUGAUAGGCCUUCCCUUUCCUCCUUAGAAACCAAAAACCAAAAUGCCUUUCAAAUCACCAGGUAGAAAGAGAGAGAGCCUGACAGCGCUGGCAUCCCCAGAAACACUGAACCAACCCGGUCAGGUGUCUGAUUUAAUGCUUGCUGUUCUUGUCGCUGAGGGGUAUAGUGGGGAUCACACCAGUGCUCUGAGAUUGAGAGGGGGCGUGGUUGUUGGCUUUUCAAGAUGCUCCCAGCACCGGUUGCUCCUGGACUCCUCCACCGGCAGUUACUAUUCUGCAGCAAUAAAGCAACAGGUGUUUGCAGUCCUUCAGCGGAGACAACUGGGUUUCCAUUCCUAAGCUCUCCAAACAGCCCUGAGGCACAGAGACACUUAGCUCUAUCUCUGUGUGAUACUUUUAACUUAGAGUUGAAUUUCAUUUGGGAUAUUUGCCAAACUGUACUAAAAAAAGAUUUAGAGGGACUCUAUCUAGUGUCACUCGAGUUUCUGGAAUCGCAUAUGAAGUCCAGGCUGUCUAACUGCAGGCUGCUGCCCUCUAGAGAGGGGUUCUAUGGGACAGGGCCACAGACAUCACUGGUAGAGGCAGGUGGAGAUGCAGAGACGCUGGAGAGCCCUUCAGCAGAAGAGGAAAAUGACGACAGUGUGGCAGGUAUGCCGUAGGUAUUAUUUAUUCUUUGAUGACAUUUUGUGCUUAGCCUGAAUGGUAAAAAAAAAAAUUAUAAUUGCACCCUCUCUCUCACACACACAUUUCAUCUUUCAUUAAAAACCAUAGCACUGUUAAAAUGACUACUGACCAGGAAGCUGUUUCGUUAGCUGAGAUCUUGGACUUUCCUUUGAAACAAAUUCACCUCCCUCGCCAGCCGACUAAUCACGGGGAGGGUGUCUAGACCAUAAGCUGAUCACUGUGAGCAUGUAUGCUAGGUCAAACUUGGGGGAUUUGCGUGCAUUUUAAAUACAUGAAGUUUUAACGUUUCUGGAUGGGAGGUUCACUACUAUA